CGAGCAAGUCGGGAGAGAUUUGUUUAUUGAUGGGCUUCGCAGCCGAACGAUAAGGGCGAAGCUGCGAAAGCAGUUCUCCCCCAUCAAUCAUACGCUGCAACAGAUCAUGGCAGCUGCAGAGGAGAUGAAACGAAAGUUCACGGCGAACUUCCUGGAAGGAGAAGACUAUCCUAAGGAAGGGGAUUCGUCCGAACUCGCAAGGGCAAGAGUUGAGUUGACCGCGUUGCAGAACAAGUUCGAGAAUAUGGGAUUUGUGUCUGGCCCGGAGAACAAAAAGGAACAGCGAGAGCAUAACGCUCGGCUAGAGGCUAUGAUGAGGAACAUGCGGCCCAUCGCGGCGUGGAGAACGGGAGUGGAGGGAGAUCUACUCGGAUUCCUCUUCGGAUCGGUGCGGCCCGACCAUCGCCAACUGAUCGUGCAAGAGCUAACGGUCCCCCUUGCGCAGCUGGACGACGAUCUCCCGCUUGAGAUCGUCUCGCAGAGCGACGACAACCCAGUCCCGCACGUCCUCCCACGGACGUUGACACCAUAUCUUCAGUGGUCGGCGUGCUUGGAGGAGCCAGGAAGCGGCCGCAACCCACCGUCACGGAGCGGUUAUCUAGACCCGCACGAAAUGGUCGAUCUCGCCUUCUUUCAAGAUCGGACGGCUUCUGAGAACGAGGAGGUAGAGAUUGAAGAAGAAGAGGAAAGCUCGGAAGAAGAAGAAGAGGCUGAAGAAGAGGACGCAGAGGAAGAGACUCCAGAAGAAGGGAGUUACGGUGAGCAUAGCGAAGGGGAACAAAGCCCGGGGGAGGAGGAGGAAGAAGAGGAUCAGGAGGAGCUAGAAGAGUCAGAAUGGGAAGGAUUUGAGGAGGGAGUGCGCGAGGAGGCUCGAGCGCAGGCCCAAACGCAGAAGAGGGAGGAGAUCGCGGCCGGAAAGCGACAACUGGAGUUUGCCAGCGCAGUGGGUCCGCCGACCAUCGACGAUCCAGGGCGAGAUCCGGAGCCGCCCAAGCCUGAACAUGGGGACCCAGCUGCGGAGACUUCGGCCGCACCGGCAAGGCGGCGACGAAGCCAAUCCCCCUCCCCCUCCACCUCAUCCCAUCCCCCAAUUCGUCCACGUACCGAUGCAGGGCAUCGGGCUUCGUCCCCGGUCAUUAUCCCGCCGUCCCCUUGACCACCUCUCUUUUUGCCAGAUUACCACUUGCGUUACCUUCCCCAACAAUCCCUUCCCCAUCGAUACCUUCCGCUUC